AGUACCGCAAACGCCGAAUCCAGGCUUCCACCAUUAAUUAAAUAGCACAAUCAAUUUUCUGGACAUUUCAUGUUAAGCAUAAACCUAUAGUUGAAAAAUAUAUAUAUAUAAGUGAUAAAAGUGAUAAGCAAGAUGAUGAGGCAACCAUCGGCCAAGAGGAAAAAGCCCGCGGAAAUGCAGCUGCCCUGCGGCUGGCGCGAUUGUCAGGUGAUUUGCAAUGGCGAAUGGCUGCUCAAUAGCCACAUUGCGCUCCACCUGGAGCAGCGAUGGGCGGAGGAGGCGGAGACGGAGUGCGAGGAUGAGCCGGAGGAGUGUGUGUGCGCAUGGAACGAUUGCAACUUUAGCUGCACGGAUCGCGAGGAGUUCGAGCGUCACAACUAUUAUCAUGGCUACUAUUUGCAUCUGCUGCUCCAGGGCAAAAAGGAAUGCGAACGACAUCCCGAGAUACCCGCUUGCUAUGCGCCAGCACGCCAGGGCGACAAGUUGCCCGAGUUGAAGCAGAAUUACCACUGCGGCUGGAGCGAUUGCAAUCGUGUGUUUGUCUCGAUUGUCGAGUUCCAGGAUCACAUUGUGCAGCACGCGUCCUUCGAGUACGAGAUACAAAAGUCACCAGACGACGAGCGACCCAAGACACAGUGCAACUGGAAUCUGUGCAACAAGCAACUGGAGAACAAAUAUCGCCUCAUCGAACACAUUAGCACGCAUUCGAACAAGAAGCACGUCGCCUGCUUCCAUUGCGGCGAACUCUUUCGCACCAAGACGACGCUCUUCGACCACCUGCGUCGCCAGCCGGACAACAAUACUCAGAAGUUCCAGUGUGCACAGUGCUUCAAGUUCUUUGCAACGGAGAAACUGUUGCGUGGCCACGCGGUGCGCCAUGUGAAUUGCUACAAGUGCACCAUGUGCGACAUGACCUGCAGCUCGGCCAGCUCGCUGACGAUGCACAUACGAUACAGGCAUCUGAAGGACAAACCCUUCAAGUGCAGCGAAUGCGAGACGCGCUGCGUUCGGGAAUCGGAUCUCGCCAAGCACGUGCAGAUUGUGCACGCCAAGAUGGUGCAUCAAUGCGAUCAGCCUGGCUGUCAAUACUCGGUGCGCACCUACACUCAAAUGCGUCGCCACUAUCUGGAGGUGCAUGGCAACAAUCCGAUCUUCUAUGGCUGUCAUUGCUGUGAACGCUUCUUCAAGAGCGGCAAAUCGCUCUCGGUGCAUCUGAUCAAGAAGCAUAACUUCCGCUUGCCGUCGGGACACAAACGAUUCACGUAUCGGCUCGAUGAGAAUGGAUUCUAUCGGCUGGAGACAACGCGCAUCGAGAGCUUGGAGGUGACACAACAGAUCCUCUCGCCGCAUAUCAAAAAUCAGACUGAAUUGCACAAACUGUCCGAGGCGGGCAGUUGCUUUGAGAUUGUCAAUCCGAUUAGCACCGAAUAUGAGCGCAUCAUUGUCUCGAAUGAUGCCAACGAGGCGCACUUGGUCGGUGAGGUGACCAUCUCGUUGCCCAGCCUACUUGACGAUGACGAAAACACGGUUGAUAACAACGUUGCCGUCGCUGUCGAUGCACUCAACGACAAUCAUCAUCCCUAAGCAUUGCCAAAAACAAAAACAAAAAACGAAUCCUCAUCAGAGCGCAACACAAUAAAAGGCUGUGUUCAUAAGGUUGCUUGCUACUCCUGCUCCUUCAGCUACAUGCUCCUCCUCUGUAUCCUAAUCCUCCUCGUAGUUUGUAAGCAUCCUGUCCUGUCUUCGAGUAUCAUCGUCCAAAACUCCUGCGACCAAGUACAACAAAUUGUGCCAUACACCUUCUUAAAUAUUACUUACACGGUUGCAUGUGUUGGCAUUUAUCAAUUGCUGCUCUUAACUACGAUUACGAUUUACCAUUUACCAUUAAUAAUAAGCCAAAAGUCAACAAUUAUAUAGAGAUUAUAAGAACUCGUUAAGCAUAUGAAAUAAAUGGAAACUAUGCACAUCACAUCAUGAAGCAAUAAAAACCAAGAAAGUUU